UGAUCCAGGGUUACUACUAACAGCCGGCUGGAAUUUAGGUCUUUUUGUCAUCGGACUGGACUUGUGGUAUAUGAUAUCUCUCCCAUGCCUUCUAGUAAUUACUAUUUGUAUGAUUAGUGAUCUUUCAAGAGAGGUGGCUAGGAUGGAGAAGUAAAAACUUUCCAACUGUGAGACAAGUGGUCCUUGAGCCCCCUGAAGUCAACAAGUGCUCACCGGCUGACCAUAAUGAAUACUUCAGACACCAACAACACCCCACAAUGCUACUCCAUCAGAAGCCCUCCAUUCAAUUACACACAUCCUAUCAACUCAGUAUAUUUCUCAUCCAUCUUCAGCGCUUUGGGAAUCACCUCAAAUCUCAUUGCCUUCAUUGUUCUCAUAAAAUCUUUCCGGCGAACGCACAAUCGCUCCCGGUCUUUCUUCUUAAUCUUCCUGGGCGGUCUUGUGAUUACUGACUUUAUGGGUCUUUUGGUCACAGGCUCCAUUGUGGUCUCCUUCCAUCUUACACAUUUCAAUUGGCGCCAGUUAGACCCUAACUGCCAUUUCUGCAACUUCAUGGGUAUGUCCAUGGUCUUCUAUGGACUGUGUCCACUGCUGCUUAGUGCCACCAUGGCAGUGGAGCGCUUCACUGGCAUCACCCGUCCAUUUGCACGCUCCACCAACAUGCCCAAGAGCCGGACAGUCUCUAUGGUGCUGAUGGUAUGGUUGGUCGCCGGUUGUAUUGCUUUGCUGCCCCUAACAGGCAUUGGGAGCUACCACAUACAGAUACCUGGCUCCUGGUGUUUUUUCAACAUCAGUUGGAAUGGAAGUGACAUGGUCUUCUCCCUACUCUUCUCUCUCGUGGGGUUGAUUUCUAUCGCUGUGUCAUUUUUACUGAACACAGUGAGUGUGGUGACCCUUAUCAAGGUGUGCUGUGGACAGGACAGGACCCAGCGGAGACGAGACCAUGAAGUGGAGAUGAUGGUGCAACUUAUCCUGAUCAUGAUUAUUGCUUCUAUCAGCUGGUGCCCCCUCCUGGUCUUUAUUGCUCAAACUGUGCUCGCCAGAAAGGGAUUCCAAUCCGUGUACCUACUGCUGUACAUCCGCUUUGCCACCUGGAACCAGAUCCUCGACCCGUGGGUUUACAUCCUGUUUCGGAGGGCAGUUCUUAAGAGAGUCUACCCCCGCCUUGACUGGUCCCGGGGCUCCAUCAUGACCUUGUACCCAUCUUUCCAAAAUACUAUACGUCGAUUCACGCGAUCUUCAUUAGGGAGCAACCUGGGCUCGGAUGAAACAGGAGAAACAGAAAUGUCAAAUGUCACGCUUCCAUCUACCUUAAAGUUGCCACCUUCUUCUUCAUGAUAAGUCAUAUUUGAGUUUGUUUUUCCAACAGAAUCAGGGUCAAGUUACAGUGUCUUUGUUGCCAUUCCCAUAGCAUAGCAACUGAUUCGUUAUAGGGAUCAAACCUAGCAAACUUAGCACUAAAGUUAGCUACAGGCACUGCUGUCUAGAUGUACUGCUUCAUUGUUUUUAUAUGUUAAGUUGUAAACAUGGUGUGCUAUUAAAUAGGGUGAAUCUUUUUUUUUUUUUUUCUUUUAGCGAAGGUUCAAGUUUGUGAGCCAGUGUGCUUUUUGAGCACAUAUAUGCUGAGAUCAGAUGUUCUGGAGGUUAAAGUUAACUAAUCACUUUGUGGAGAAACCCAUGCGGAACAGUGCCAAGUCCCAAAAAACAUGAAAUACAAAAAUAUUGUAGAACUGCCUAUGACUUAAAAUGGUUUGACCAAAGUAACAUUUAACAUUUUCAUUUUAUUGUUAACAAGCAAUAUUAUAUUGUAUUAUAUUCAUUUGUAUUUGCAGAUAAUCUGGCUCUGACUGAGCAUGUCCCAAACUUUGAAAAUCUUCAAAUCACUGAUUGUUAACUUUUCUGAACUUAACAGAUUUAUGUAAAAAUGUUAGAAGAGCAAUUUAUUGCCUUUAACUUCGUUGUUAUUCACCGAUCUUAUGUUCUAGGGUUGUCACUUAUAAAUGGGCUAAUGCAUGUUUACAAGAAGAAAAAAGAAAGAUUUCAAAUAUGGAAAGUAGAGCAUACAGGAGUCUUUAGCCACCCCUCAGUUCUUUAUAUUUUGUUAGGAAGGUGGGAAAUAGGAGCAGUGAUUUAUUGAAACAAGUCUUAACGUAAAUGGAAAUAUAGCAUAUCAAGCAAAAAAAGAGUUUGUACAAU